UCCAUAAUGUUUGAAAUCGCCAGAUAGACUGGUGUAUUGGCCCAAUAAUCCAAGGCGCAAUCGAAGAACAUACUACAAGAGGUCCUUGUGACCACUAGCUCACGAUUAUAGGGAGACUUGGUUAUCUGUUGAGCGGUAAAUUAAGCACGGGGUGAGCCAUCGAUCAAAUACCAUAUCUUCUGGCCAAGCGUAAGGCGAACGAUGUGAUAGCAACAUGCAUAGCUGGUGAUUGCCACAAUGGAGGAGGUAAUACAUGUUAAUUUGCACGAAUCUACAAAAUAACAUACAACACUCCCGGAAUUUUCAACCCUACUCCCAUUAAAUCCCCCAUUCCCUACCAUAACUCAAACAAUAUCCACACCCUCCAAUCCAUACAUCAUCAAUACAUCCUAAACAUCAUCCUCUUCUCUCCUUCCUAAUCUUCAUAUUCGAUUAUGCUCUUACAAAAGAGCGGCGGCAAUACCAGCAGCCAUCAACAGACCACCGACCUGCUGAGCGGCCGCACCACCGGUGAAUGGGGGGAUAUCACUGGGCUUGGGGGGAGAUGGGGGGAGACCACCAGUGGGAAUAGCAGGCGGGAUGAUGGUACCGAUGCUGCGGCUGGGGCUUGGGCUGGGAACAGGAGUCCAGGCUGGAGGAGCAGCGGGGGGCUCGGUGGUGGUCUCAGGGGGGUAUGUGGUAGUCUCGGGCCAGAUGGGCUUGAUGGGGCAAUACGUCGUGUACCAAGGGACGACCUCCGUGGUGACCUUGCCCUUCCUGGCGGGGCAGUCGGUGACGGUGGGAGGGCAGUCGGUGAUCGUGUGGACAGAGGUGGUGUACACAGUCGACACGGUCCAUGGGCCGGAGGGUUCGGCGGGAGGGGCUGGCGGCGCUGCCGAUGGGGUGGGCCAUGCCUCCGAGGGGGCGGCGGGCGGUGCUCCGGAGGGGGCGGGCCACUCUCCGGAGGGGGCGGCGGAGGGGGCGGCUCCCCCUGGAGCGGGCCAUGCUCCUCCGGGCGCAGCUCCGGGCGGGGCGGGGGCGGCAGGAGGUUGAGGCCAUGGGCCAGAGGGGACGGCAGGCCAUGGUGCCUGAGCACUGACAGCGGCGGCAACGCCGAGGACGGAGAUGAUUGAGGCCUUCAUCUUGUAAGAGUUGGAGAAAGGAGUUAUCUAGAAUUAGAUAGUGUAAAGAAUGUAAAUGAAUCGAAGAUUCUAAACGAUGGACGGCGAGUUGGCGA